GCGUUGUUUCAAAUCGUCUGGAUGGGUGAGGAGCAGCUGUGCUCGGCGUCUGGUCAGCGUUGGGCGCUGUUGGGGUCUGCUGGGCAGAACAGACUUUCGGCCACGCAGAUGGCUUCUCGGUGGCCGGCCGUGGGGGCCUCCAUGCGUCGGAGGUCCCUACAGAACCAGGAGCAGCUGGAGGAGAGCGAGGCCCUACAGCCUGCAGUUGGCCACCCAGGCACCUCCAGCGGGGCCCUGGGCUCCCUGUGCAGACAGUUCCAAAGGAGGCUGCCCCUGAGGGCAGCCAGCCUCAACCUCAGGGCGGGCCCCUCCUGGAAACGCCUGGAGACCCCACAGCCAGGACAGCAGGGCCUCCAGGCUGCAGCUCGCUCAGCUAAGAACGCCUUGGGUGCCGUGUCCCAGAGAAUCCAGGAGUCCUGCCAAAGUGGCACCAAGUGGCUGGUGGAGAGCCAGGUGAAAGCCAGGAGGAGGAAGAGAGGGGCACAGAAGGGCAGCGGCCCCCCGGCUCGCAGCCUGAGCCGCAGGAGCACCCAGCUACCAGUGGCCGCCCCUGCCCGCUCAGCCCUGGGCCCCCAGCAGAGGGAGAACCACCGCCCCUCCGCCCGGACGGGCCCGCGCGCCCACCCUCGGCGGCAGUCUGGGAGGGAGGCUGCCUUCCGGAGCCCCUACUCCUCAGCGGAGCCCCUCUACUCCCCCAGCGAGUCUGACAGUGACCUAGAGCCCGUGGGGCCAGGAAUCCAGCAUCUCCAGAAGCUGUCCCAAGAGUUGGAUGAGGCCAUCAUAGCCGAGGAGAGUGGCGACAUGACUGUUUCUCUCAUUCAUGACUGAGGACAGCAUCCUUCAGCCACAGAGCCGAUGGGCCCCACAGAGCAGGAAGGUGCAAGUCUUCUGAGCUGCCCGGAGCUGGAGCUGCUGACCUCACUGGGCCCAUCACUGAUGGAACAGAGAAUACCGGGGCCCCAGGCAGCCGCAGCCACCUUCUAGCACCUCAUUUCGGGGGGCAGUCUAUGGUGUCCCCGCCUCCCCUGGCUUCAGCACUGUGAGGGGCAUGAAGGGAGCUCUGUCUUGCAGGAAGCAAGCCGUAGCUGACCACCAUGCCCUCACACCCAGGAUCCGUGCCUCCCGGGAAUUCCUGGAGGACCCAGGAGCUGGCAGUGGCCCUGGGCCGCUGCAAACAAGGACCGGACUAACCAGGGCCCAGGUGGAGGCUGCUCGGGGGUCUCUGCUCUCCUGCUCCAGCCACUUCCCCGCCCGCCACUGACCACUUGCCACAGUCUGCGAGUGACUCGGGGAGACCUCGGAGAGGCGGGGGGAACUGUUCAUUCUACUCCCCUUUGGGGCUUAGAAACUCAUCCCACAUAUGAGCUUUACAGUUGCUUCACUUGUAACGUGAAGUGCAAGCACAAGGUAAUAUCUGAGAGCUCUGAGCUGUGUACCCAGGAGUAGGGUCUGCAAAGAGUCAUCUCCUGUGUCACCAGCGCAGGGGCUCUUGGGAACCCAGAUUCUAGCCCUGCUGCCCACAGCAGAGCCCCGGAAGAAGGGAUGGGAGAGAGUUCCAGGCCCCAAGACCCUGAGUCCACAGGUACCUAUUUACAUCCUCAGCACAGGGCACCGUGGGCAUACAGGGAGAGGUAGCCCUGUUCAAUAGCAAUUUCUG